CCUCCCCUCCCGUUUCCUCCCUAGGACCCUGGUCCUAGACACCGCCAGCAUCAGGUGCUCCAGUGCUCUGGCGACCGGCGCUCCACCCCGACGCUGGGAGGGCCGGGGUCUCCCUCCUCUCGCCUUCCCCUCCGGCAACGCCUCCCCCGGUGGGCGCCUCCAGCUGCUCUGCAGGCCAGCACCCGGCGCCCCCUGCUGCCGGGAGGUCGGCACCCAUUGCAGCCCUGCUCGCUGCUCCCUGAAGAAAGCAAAGGGGUCCAAGGGUUCUAUUCAACGACAAGCUCGAUGACUCGAUCAGCUAGCCAAGCCACAAAAGGCACCACCAGGCACUAGCCAUCACGGCAUCUCUCUCCCCCCACUCUUUCUAAAGCAUCUCUCUCUCUCUCUCUCCCCCCUCUCUCUCUCUCUCUCCAAUUCACCACAACACGCCCUUCACACGACGCACAAGGGCACACACUCCUGAAGCUCACAUACACUCCUGAAGCUCAGAGAGAGAGAGAGAGAGAGAGAGAGAGAGAGAGAUGGGGCCCUCUCUCUCGCCGUCGUCCGCCGCCGCCGACGCGUGCUCUCCCGACGACGCCUACUACGAGGACGACGACUUCGAGUUCACGCCUCUCCUCCCCAGGCCCCGGCGCCGUCGCAGCGCGCGCAGCGAGCGUCCAAGAACAACCGUCCAGGCCGCGGCGGCCACGCCCGCCCUGCCGCAGCCUCCACAGCAGCGCGCGCGCCGCGGAGCGCCAGCAAGCACCUCGGCGGUGGCGGUGGCGGCGCCGGCGAGCAGGAAGGUGCGGUGGCACGACUUGGCGUUCGGGUCCGUGCGCGUGCCGGCGGCCAUGGACAUGGGCGAGAUCAGGAGGCGCCUGCACGCGCGGCAGCACGGCGCCGGGAACGAGCCCUCCUCCGCCGCCGCCGCGGGGUGGGCGCCCUGGAGGCUGAUCCGGUCGCUGAGCUGCAAGGGCGUCGAGGCCGUGGCGGCCGCCGCGGCGCCGGUGAGGCUGGUGUAGGCGAGCGUGCAGAGGGUGGCAGCCCUUUGUUGCUGAUCGAGGCUGGCGCCGCCCGUGAAGGUCCCAAGGCAACGCCGGCCGGUGAGGCGGUGAGCGCGCACGGUGGCGUCGUCACGGGAGUGGCGCCAAUUGGUUGGUGGAAGUUGAGGGGCACAGGAGCGAAGCGGUGCCUAUUAAUGUUCAGUUUCAACUUGUUUUCUUCUUCUCCUUCUGCUGUCUUGAAUAAAACUUUUUUUUUGGUUUUAAACUUUCUUUCUGUUUGGUGUCUAAUGUUAGGAUUAGUUGGCUAAAUAUGUAUAGCUGUUUAAGUUACUUGUAUAUGUGCUGCAAUAUGUAGGGUCUUGAAGAUCAUGCUCAAUGUGCCUGAUGCCAAGAUGUUUAUGAACAAAAUAUAUUCUAAUAUCUGCGCCAUGUUGAGUAGUCAAAA